UCAUAAUUAUUAGUUACCAAUUUUGUGACUUUUUAUAUUUAUACAGGUUGACAUUUUCGAAAAUCGUUUCAACCAAUUAGGAUUCAGAUUUUGAUUGUGUUUUUUCGAGAAUCAAAAAGUUUGAAUUUUUUUCAAAAAUAUGGCCAAAAUUUAAACGAAAAUUAAUUCUGACCUCUAUGGUUUUAAAACGUGAAAAUUAUUGUGUUGUAUUUGUUACCACUUUUAAAUAAAUACCUAUAUCUUCACCAAUAGGUACCUAUUGGAGUUGAAAAAUUUCAAAAAAUGUGUAAAUUUAAGCUGCGUAAAUUUCCAUAAAAUCGAUCUAUAGGUCUAUACAAAAAUAUAAAUAAAUAAACUUCACACAAUUCUGUGUACUUAAUGUACUUACGAGUACUUACAUACGGUAUUAUAAGUAGGUACAUGGAAAACAAAUACGAAAAUUUAAAAAUUUAAUCCUAAUUUCAAUUCUCGUUAAGGUUUUUGAAAUAUUUCAAAACAUUUAGGCCUACCUACGAUACAAUUUGAAAACAAUUGCGUUAUUGUAGUGUUGAUUUUCUUGUAACGUGGGCGUAUUCAUAGCUUUUCGGAUACCUAGGUACUUAACUUAAAAUAAAUCAUUUCGCGAAUUCUGAAAGUGCGAUAUACCUACCUCUCUAAUCUCUGUACUAUAAUAAUGAUCUCAAAAAUUUGGGAAAAAAUCAAAUACUUUAUUUUUAUCGACGAAUUCGACGAAAUAUACGAAAAUGCGACGACCAAGACGAUCUUCGUUCUUUAUUGUUGUCUCGGAGGAUUCUGUUUCCACGAAAAUGUUCGGAUGAAGUUCAGGAAAGCUUGGAUCAUUUUCAAUACCCUGAGUUUUCUCUUCGUUAACGUAUCGUGUUUAUUUUACUUAUUCAACAAACCGACAAACGAUUACUACGCUUGGUUAUUACCUGCACCAGCCAUGUCUGGAGUAUUGUGUAGAGUUGCCAUCUAUGCUUGGAUGUACCAAGGUAAAGAUUUACUUUCAAAAUUGAUCGCUUUUUUCAACUCUACUCCUGAGGAAGAAGUAACCUUUGCUUUGUUUUGUACCGCUCGUUUGAAGAAACGGCAAGUUGAAAUAAUUGCAGGAGUAAGCUGUAUUUUGUUUUUCUUUACAAUGAACAACAAUUUGGGACAUUACGUUAGCUAUGGAAAUUACCUCAUUUAUCAUUAUCCCACCUAUUUUCCUUUUGAUAAAACAAUCACGCUGAGCUUGGCGAUUCGAUUUGUACAAUGUGUUACCAUCAUACCAGAGAUUCUGUUUGUAGCAUUUCCCUCUUUGAUAAUCAUAAUCACGAUUCUGAUUUACAAUCGAUUCAAACUGCUCGGCUUAUUUUUACGACAAACUUCGUAUUCAGUUUUUCUGCAAAUGGACGAAGCUUGUAAUUUAGAGGCAGCGAUGGAUGAGAAACGCACACUGAGAAGUUUAUCCAGAAUCCACGAGGUGAAAAUAAAAAGGGCAUUUGCAUUGGACGAAUUGAUCAGGAAAAUCGUCAUCGUUAUAGAACGACAUCAAGAAUUACACUCUCUUGCGAAAUUGUAUGCUGAACAGAUGGAUUACCUAUGUACUAUAAUUCACACGCAGCUUUUAAUGGUAUCGGUAACCUUGGCAUUUUUCAUAUCAUCGGUACGUUUGGUUCUUCAAAAAAAAAAAAAAAAUGAAAAAUGAAAUAAAAUAAUAAUUAUUUGAUUGAUAAUUUAAAACUCUGUAUUCAUAACAGAUCACUCUAACAACGUUUGCCCGGCAACAAUUGAUCCUCGUUGCGCUCUUUUGUGGAGUGUUAUUGGCUUGGCUAGCAGUCUGUUUUAUUGGAGAAAUGUUUCAG